AUGUACACCCAGACCCCUACUCACCGAUUCCUGGUCCUCUCGGCUCCCGAAUCAACCCCAGCGGCCUCCAGCCACAGGUUCCUGGUCCUAUCUCCCACUGAAUCCGGCCCAGAUCCUCGAGCUUGGGAAGACCAGUCGUCCCAACCGAGUCCCUCCAACCAAAGCCCAACCAUGGGGCCUUCAUCCCUGCACCGAACCAGUCGCGCUCUGUCUACUUCAUCAGUAGACUCCCAGCUUAAUGAGCCUACCUCGACGUCUCCGAGCGACUUCCUCUACCUGGGCCACAGCAGGUCCAAAAUUGCUCGGACAUGA